ACCAGCCCAACUUGACACUGACAGCCACGUAGAAAAGCUUUUAAGGUUAGAACUUGAGUUUUCUAAACACCUAUUCCCUAAACACGUAUUUACUGCCUAGGUGGCAAAAAACAAUAUUAUUUAUCAUUAAUUUAAACUACUUGGUGCUGUAUACUGCCAUCCAAUGUUAACAAAGUUGGAAACCAAGUCUGGCAGAGUGAAGGGACUCUCGUUCCACCCAAAUAGGCCUUGGGUACUGGCCAGUCUUCAUAAUGGGUCCAUUCAGCUCUGGGACUACCGAAUGUGCACCCUUAUAGAGAAAUUCGACGAACAUGAUGGCCCUGUUCGCGGCAUAUGCUUUCAUAAUCAACAGCCCCUUUUUGUGUCUGGGGGCGAUGACUACAAAAUUAAGGUGUGGAAUUACAAGCAAAAACGUUGCAUUUUUACCCUUCUGGGCCAUUUGGACUACAUCAGAACCACCAUGUUCCAUCAUGAAUAUCCCUGGAUAGUAUCUGCUUCUGAUGAUCAAACAAUUCGCAUUUGGAACUGGCAAAGUCGCACUUGCAUUUGCGUAUUAACUGGGCACAAUCACUACGUAAUGUGUGCUUUUUUCCACCCUAGUGACGAUUUGCUUGUAUCUGCCAGCUUGGAUUCCACUGUCCGAGUCUGGGACAUUUCUGGUCUAAGGAAAAAGAAUGUCGCACCCGGACCAUCUGGCUUGGAGGACCAUCUAAAGAAUCCAGGAAGCACCGAUUUGUUUGGGGUGUCUGAUGCCGUAGUAAAACAUGUUUUAGAAGGACAUGAUAGGGGUGUGAAUUGGGCUAGUUUCCAUCACACUUUACCGUUAAUUGUAUCUGGAGCUGAUGAUCGUCAAGUUAAACUGUGGCGAAUGAACGAUUCGAAAGCUUGGGAAGUGGACACUUGCAGAGGUCACUAUCACAAUGUGUCUUGUGUGUUGUUCCACCCUCGGCAGGAGCUCAUUCUGUCCAACAGCGAAGACAAGAGCAUUAGAGUUUGGUGCAUGCAGAAGAGAACUUGCCUGCACACUUUUAGAAGAGAACAUGAUAGAUUUUGGGUCAUGGCUUCCCAUCCCACCCUCAAUCUUUUCGCAGCUGGGCAUGAUAAUGGAAUGUUGAUUUUCAAACUGGAAAGGGAACGACCAGCAUACACCGUUCAUGGAAAUCUGGUUUACUACGUGAGGGAAAAGUACCUGAGGCGGCUUGAUCUUACUACUGUUAAAGAUAUACCAGUAUUGCAAAUCAAAGGAGGCCCAAGAGUUUAUGGCAUCUCAUUUAAUCCUGCGGAAAACGCAGUGCUUCUUUUUACGCGCACGUCGAAUCUGGAUAACAGCGUAUACGAUUUAUAUGUUUUGCCUAAAGAGCAAGAGUCUGGUGGCCAAGUUCCUGAAGUAGAGAGCAAAAGAUCCAGCGGAUUAACUGCUUUAUGGGUCGCGCGAAACAGGUUCGCGGUUCUGGAGCGAGGCCAUCAACUGGUUAUAAAGAAUCUGAAAAAUGAAGUAACGAAAAAAGUGCAAACUCCUGCCUGCGAUGAGAUAUUCUAUGCAGGCACUGGCAUGCUUUUGCUUCGCGAUGCUGAGCGAGUCACUUUGUUUGAUGUGCAACAGAAACGAACUCUUGCCCAAGUGAAAAUUAAUAAAUGUCGUUACGCGGUUUGGUCCAGCGAUAUGUCCCAUAUAGCGCUCCUGGCCAAGCACACAGUCACAGUUUGUAACAGGAAACUGGAGGUUUUGUCUUCCCUGCAUGAAAACACCCGAGUUAAAUCGGGAACUUGGGACGAUUCUGGGAUAUUUUUCUAUACCACCAGCAAUCACAUCAAGUACACCAUGACCAAUGGGGAUCAUGGCAUAAUCCGCACUUUAGAGCUGCCGAUUUAUCUAACAAAAGUAAAAGACUCCCAGUUCUACUGCAUGAAUCGCGAUGGUCAAGGCUUAAUCAUGAACAUCGAUACCACCGAGUGUAAAUUCAAGCUAGCCCUUAUCAACCACAGAUAUGAAGAAGUUCUGAACAUGGUUCAAAAAUCUCGCCUAGUGGGUCAGUCGAUAAUAUCCUAUCUUCAGCAGAAGGGGUAUCCGGAAGUGGCUUUGCAUUUUGUAAAAGAUGACAAAACCCGAUUCACUCUGGCUUUGGAGUGUGGAAACAUCGACAUCGCUCUUGAGGCCGCUAAAGCCCUCAACGACAAAACGUGCUGGGAUCAACUGGCCCAGGCCGCGUUAUGGCAGGGGAAUCAUCAAAUAGUGGAAAUGUGCUAUCAACGAACAAAGAGCUUCGAAAAGCUGUCCUUCUUGUACCUGAUUACGGGAAAUUUGGAUAAACUGCGAAAAAUGACCAAAAUUGCUGAAAUUAGAAAGGCGCGCUCCUCGCAGUACCAUGGAGCGCUUCUCUUAGGUGAUUUGGAUGAACGUGUUAAAAUCCUGAAGUCAACCAACCAGUUGUCUUUGGCUUAUCUAACUGCUGCCACCCAUGGAAUGGCAGAAGAAGCCGAACAAUUGAAAGAAACGAUUGGAGACGCGAAGAAAUUACCGGACGUCGAGCCGAAUGCCAAGUUCUUAAAGCCGCCACCGCCAAUUCAGCAAGCGGAAAGCAACUGGCCUUUGCUGACCGUUAGCAGAAGCUUCUUUGAAAACACUGCAUCUCUUACCACGUCCAGCAAGUUGGUUGUGGAACCGGUCGCUAGCCAUGCAAUUGAAGAAGCUGAAGGCUGGGGCGAUGAUGAUGACGAUGAAAUAAUCGAUGGAGAGGAGAAAUCGAACGAUCCGAAGGCAUCAGAAAGUGGAGAGGCCGGCUGGGAUGUUGAGGAUGCAGACCUGGAAAUUCCCGAACUAGGACCAACCCCAGGCGAAGAAGCUACUGAUAGUUAUGUGCAUCUUCCGGCGCAAGGACCAUCGCCAAAGCUUUCUUGGACGAAAGCCUCUCAAUUGGCUGCUGACCAUGUACGCGCCGGCUCCUUUGAAUCCGCAUGUCGGCUGCUUCAUGAUCAAAUAGGAGUAGUCAACUUCAAGCCCUACGACAGCCUGUUUCAGAGCCUCUACAGCAGCUCAAGAACUGUUUCCAAUCAUCUGGCUAAUUUGCCUCCUAUAUUUACCUACCCCUUGAGGAAUUGGAAGGAUGCCACCGUGAAAACUGGGCUACCGGCCAUUGGCAUCAGCUUGAAUGAUUUAGUGGCUAAAUUACAAGUUUGUUACCAACUAACUACCGGCGGAAAGUUUACGGAAGCAAUAGAAAAGUUCCAAAACUUGUCGUUGUUUAUUACUCUGCUAGUCGUGGACACAAAGCAAGAUAUCGCCGAAGCGCAGCAGAUGCUGAGGAUAUGCAGUGAAUAUAUUUGCGGGCUUCAAAUGGAAACACUGAGGAAAGCUUUGCCUAAAGGAUCUGUAGAGGAGCAGAAGCGACAAUGCGAAUUAGCCGCCUAUUUUACGCAUAGCAAACUGCAGCCUGUUCAUCAGAUCCUCACGCUUAGAACGGCGCUCAACAUGUAUUUCAAGCUGAAAAAUUACAAAACGGCCACUUCUUUCGCAAAACGACUUCUAGAUUUAGGUCCAAGGCCCGAAGUCGCUCAACAGGCCAGGAAAAUCUUACAGGCGUGCGAUUCUAAUCCAACCGAUGAACUGCAAUUCCAGUAUGAUGAGCACAAUCCCUUCAAUUUAUGCGCCUACUCAUACACUCCAAUUUAUCGCGGAAAACCCGAGGAAAAGUGCCCGCUUUGCGGCAGUUCUUAUCAGCCCAAAUAUAAAGGAUCGGUAUGCAAUAUUUGCCAAGUGGCCGAAAUAGGGAAAGACACUAUUGGUUUGAGGAUAAGUUUACAUCAGUUUAGAUAAACUGCGAUAAACGGACUGGAAAAACUGAAACUUUCGCUGCACAAGAUUAUCAGUAAACACUUAUAUUAAUUCUUGUUAGUGUUUUUGCUUUAAGUAAUAUUAGAAGAGUUUAGUAUAUUAAGAGAAACUCCUUGUAAUAAUGAUUAGCUGAUAAGGAACUGUAUUAUGGAGCAUUUAAAUAAAUGUGAUUAAAUUUA